UAUUAGGUACCUACAGCAGUUGCCACCAGCCACUUGCCGGAGAAACUUCGGCGCGUCAAGUCAUGAUUAUUAGUUAUUUCAUUAAAAAAAAAAUGAGAUUGGAAAUUGUGUCGGUGUUAUUGGCGUUUUCCAGUUUGUCAGCUGCUUCGCAAUCGAGUUCACCUGUAAGGGAUCAAGAUGUUGUGUCAUACAGUCUGAAUAAAUCGACUGAACGAACGUUUAUUGUUGACCAUGAAAAAAACGAAUUCCUUAAAGAUGGUAAAGUGUUUCGGUAUGUUUCCGGGUCCUUACACUAUUUUCGGAUUCCUAGAGAGUAUUGGAAAGACAGGAUACACAAAAUGAAAGCUGCUGGUUUAAACGCUAUCACGACAUAUGUAGAAUGGAGCUUGCACGAACCAUUUCCGGGUGUGUACAACUUUGACGGAUUAGCUGACAUAGAAUACUUUUUGGAGCUAAUUAAAAAGGAGGACAUGUAUGUAUUGCUUAGACCAGGACCAUACAUUUGCGCUGAAAGAGACUUUGGUGGAUUUCCGUAUUGGCUCUUGAAUGCUACUCCUAAAAAAAGUCUAAGGACCAACGAUCCAACUUAUAAAGAUUAUGUGAAGAAAUGGUUCGACGUGCUAAUGCCGAAAAUGCGUCCUCAUUUAUACGGCAACGGAGGAAACAUAAUAAUGGUUCAGGUAGAAAACGAAUACGGUAGUUAUUAUCCAUGCGACCAAAACUAUACAAUAUGGCUACGAGAUCUGUUCCGUUCUUACGUCAAUGAAAAAGCUUUACUUUUUACUAUUGACGGAUGCGGUUCUUCGUACUUGGCUUGUGGCUCAAUACCAGAAGUGUUUGCCACCGUCGACUUCGGAGCUUCAGUACAAAAUGCGCAAGAUUGCUUUAAUUUCAUAAGAGAGAUACAAAAGACCGGCCCUCUGGUCAAUUCAGAGUUUUACCCGGGCUGGUUGUCUCAUUGGCAGGAACCGAACCCUGUCGUACAUUCGGAAGACGUGGUAAGAGUGAUGAAACAAAUGUUGUCGUUAAACGCCUCGUUUAAUUUUUACAUGUUCCACGGUGGGACCAAUUUCGGGUUUACUUCGGGUGCCAACACAAACCAAAGCACGCCUAAUGCAGGAUACCAACCUCAAUUGACUUCGUACGACUACGAUGCGCCCAUGACCGAAGCCGGAGAUCCGACAGAAAAAUAUUUCAAGAUAAAGCAGGUCCUCGGAGAAGCCGAAUUCUUAGUUUCCAAUGAAAUAUCACCCGUUCCUGUAUCCAAAGGUAACUAUGGCAAGUUCAUGCUUAAGCCAGUGGCCAGUUUCUUUGAUAAAGUCACACAACGUAUGAAACCCGUGGUCAGCGACGUUCCUUUGACUUUUGAAGACAUGGAUAUUAACACAGGAUUUGUCAUGUACGAAACAACACUGACGGAAGAACAAAAAAAUAUUUCCAGACCGGCAAUUCUUUCUAUAAACUCGAUUAGAGAUCGAGCAAUCAUCUACUUGGACAAUGUUAAUGUAGGGGUUAUGUCACGUGUCAAAGGCAAUACUACAAUGAGCAUAACAAUUAAGAGCACAAACGAAAAGCUGACCAUUCUGGUAGAAAACCAAGGUAGAGUUAACUACGGCAAUUUUUUCGAAGACAGAAAGGGAAUAAUCGAUCCCGUCACACUGAACAAUUUGACGUUGGGUCCGUGGAAGAUGAUAGCUCAUCCGUUAAAUGAAACGUCUUGGGUUUCGCUCAUCGAACCUGUUCAGAGCGUUCAGCUACCAGCUUUCUAUAAAACGACAUUUGUUUUACCAGAAAACACUACCAAGUGUCUUGACACGUACUUGGACCCUACGGGAUGGACGAAAGGAGUGGCGUACGUUAACGGGAUAAAUCUGGGCAGAUAUUGGCCUUUAGGCGGCCCUCAGGUAACCCUUUAUGUACCAGGAGUUUUUCUCGUAAUGCCGCCUGCUUCUAACAAACUUGUAAUGAUGGAACUUGAAGGCGCCCCUCCAGAUUUGUCUGUAAAAUUUGUCGACACGCCUAAUCUCAACGGAUCGAUAACGGUUUAGAUUUGUUAUAUCACAAUUAUUAUAACUAUAGUUUUAAUUAUUAACAUUAGAAUCGCCCAAGCAAACCUGACCACGCUUACAAUAUUAUUCGUACCAAAAAUGAUUUUAAAAUCAUUCGGAGCGCAAAAUAGGGUGAGCUUUUAUUAAAAUUGGGCGGUUUAGUAUUUAUUUUUAUUUUCAUAUUAACAAUAUUUAGAUUGUGCGAAUUGGAUAGAAAUUACAACUACUCAUUGAUCCCUUUGACUAUAAUGAUUAAUAUAUUAUAAUUAUAAUGUAAACUAGCCUAAUUUUUAAUUAGUUAAUUAGACAUAAUAUUAAGCAAUGCAUUGAAUGUACUUAAAUAAAAUUAAAAAAACAAUACACGAAAGGACAGUGCGUAACUGUUCGGAGUAAGAACAUGUUACUGUACAAAAAAUAGUCUGUAUGCGUUAUAAAAGUUGAAAAAAAAAAUUGAAUAUCAAAAUAUUGUAUAACCUCUAUCUUGUGUUAAUAUAUUUGUUUACAAAAUGUAGCUUAAUGAUUAAAGUUAAAUGUUUUAGUAAAAAUUUACUUUACAAUUCACCUGAAUAAAUGCUAGUGUAAGGUCUCUUAAACUUUUAUUUAUGUUUUAAAUUAUGUUUUUAUAUUUGAAUACUUAUUUACAUUUUUAGAGUUAAAACUAAAGACGCGUUUAAACAUUUUUUUAUUUGUUAU